ACGAGGAGGGCGCGGGCGCACGUAGGAAAUUCGGCGCGCGAAAGCUGCAGCAGGAAGCGACUGCAACUGAGGGGAAACGGCGGCCAGACUGGGCCACUUUGCUGUUUGACUCUAUCAAACAACUUCCAUAAUCUGCAAACAUCUACAGUAAUAUGGCAGACCCGAAGGAUCAGGAAGAUCACGAUGCCUCCACAGACAACGUUGAUGAUUCAAACCACGAUCCCCACUUUGAGCCCAUUGUGUCUCUUCCAGAGCAGGAGGUGAAAACAUUAGAGGAGGAUGAGGAGGAGCUUUUCAAAAUGCGGGCAAAGCUGUAUCGCUUUGCCUCUGAGAACGACCCCCCAGAGUGGAAGGAGCGAGGCACUGGUGAUGUCAAGCUGCUGAAACACAAAGAGAAGGGCACAAUCCGCCUACUGAUGAGGAGAGACCGGACUCUGAAGAUUUGUGCCAAUCAUCACAUUAUCCCUAUGAUGGAGUUGAAGCCCAACGCCGGCAGCGACAGGGCCUGGGUUUGGAACACACUAGCAGAUUUUGCCGAUGAAUGCCCCAAACCUGAACUUCUGGCAAUACGCUUCCUCAAUGCAGAAAAUGCCCAGAAGUUCAAGGUGAAGUUUGACGAGUGCAAGGAGGAGGUCAGAAAAUGUCAAGAGGGAACAGGCAACACUGACAGCGCAAACAAAGUGGCGGAGAAACUGGAGGAGCUCUCUGUGAAAGACAAGACAUCAGAGGAAAAGAAAGAAGAGGAGAAAAAGGAGGUGAAGGCUGAGGAGAAGAAUUGAGAACUUGCUUUGCUGACCUUCAAUUUAUCAGUUUUUUCCUCUUUUUCUACAAUAGACUCUAAAAGAACUGAAUUUGGACACUUGCAUAUUUAGUUUUUUUUGUUUGUUUUUUUUAUUUUUAUGAUCUGUUUUGCCUCGAUCACAAGUCUUUGGUGCCACUGGGGAGAAAAAAAAAAGAAAAGAAAAAACAAUUAAUGAAAAGAGCCCUUUCCCUUCCACCCCUUUCCUUUCCGCACCAUGGAAUGCCACACUUUCCAUUCCGGUCAUCUGCAGUUCAAUGUUAUUUCUUGACAAACUGUGAAAUGAGGCUUGUGAUAUUGAUAAUUCCCACAUUGGGGUAAGGUUUUUUUUCUGUUUUAUUCUGAAGCAAAGUUUGUGUAGGGGGAGCGGAUGAUGUAGCCUGCUUAUUAGCAGCACAGGAUCAGGGAACAGGCGUUUAGAGGUGCAUUAUAAACAUUAAGAACUAGGAUGCAUCUCAAUGGGCCUUCUUCCCCUGUGCAACUGUCCAUGCCUCCACUUUUAGAUACAGCAAGGUGAAGGCUAUUCAGUGGAUGCCUUGUAGGAAACUUCUCUUCCUUGGUUCCUUCAUUAGUCAGCUGUGAUGAUGGAGAAGACUAGAGGAGAAAGCCACUCCAGGCAGUUGAGGUGCAACAGAUGCAUGCUGCAAAUUGCAGUUUCCACUGAUAUCUGACUGAUAGUUGAUCAGAUGCACUUAGCUAAGUAUUUUUUAUUUUUAUUUUUUUUUAUUUUCUUUACUUUUUUCCUUUUUGAUAUUUUUGAGCCAUCACACCAAGUCCAAAGUCAACGGUUCAUCAGAUUUUUGGUGUCGGCUACGCUCUGGCUUAAGUCCUUCACUGGGAGCUCUAGUUCGUAUUACUUAGAUCAUAACAUUCCCACAGAUUUAAAAAGCAUGUAGAUUAUGUAUAACAUGAAGAGUGUGACAACGCCCUAUCAGAUCUGUGUGCUCACCACCCUUUUCUUCCCACUAAUUGAAUUCUUACCCCUUGCCUCAAAAAGUGCAUCGAAGUGCCAGUGCAUCUGUAAAUACAUGUAAAUGGAUGAAAUGUUGCUUUUCAUUUGCACUCAAAUGGUUUGAAAUGUUUCCUCCACCUUCCAAUAAAAGCUCUCAAAGACCA